AUGAGCUCAACGAGGACGUGUUCAAAGGCGGGUUGCCGGCUAGCACGAAGCUCGUCGAAGGAUGGUGUACAUACGACAGAGAUCGAGAUGGCGACAAAGGUAUUGGACUCCAAAGAACGCAUCCGGAACACGCUCUCCCAUGAGAUGUGUCACCUCGCAUGUUGGAUCAUCAAUCAAGAGGCGAAAGAAGGUCACGGCAAGGUGUGGAAAUCAUGGGCUGCGCGAGUGAUGCGCAAACGGGACGAUAUCGAAAUAUCUACGCGACACGACUACGAAAUUUCGUACCCUUAUCAGUGGGAGUGUGCGGACUGUGCCAAAACAUAUGGUCGUUUCAGCAAGUCGAUCCGACCUGAUGAAGUUUUGUGCGGCGCUUGCAAGACCGGCAAGCUCCAGCCUCUAUUCUCUGUUCGUGCGACACGGACGCCAAAGACGAAGGCAGGAAGUAAUCUGGCAGCAGAUAAAGCGCGUGAUUCCCCGCGCACAAUCGCACACGUCGAUUCGGACGUCGAGCUAUUGGCGAACACGGUGGGUGGACUGCGGAUUGAGGAGUGA